ACGUGAGCUCAAGUUAAUGUCUCAGGGAGCUUCCUGGGCGCGUGGGCAGUUCACCCUGCGAUCUAGCCGCCCGCCCGGCCUCGAGCCGGCGUCUCCAAAGGGAAACGUGUGGUUAGAGGCGAGCGCCGGCUUUCAGCGAAGGCGGUCGAGUGUUUGCAGACCGGGGCGAGCCCUUGUGACAGCAGAUAAAAGAAAACAUUUAUUAACGUGUCAUUACGAGGGGAGCGCCCGUCCGGGACUGUUGCACGCCCCGCGGAACACUUGGCUCCUUCCAGCUCAGAGGCAGAAGAAAAAGAAAGCGGAAAAGAGGCAAGGAUUCUUUCUCUUCGUUCCAGCCAAGUGGACCUGAUCGAUGGCCCUCCUGACUUUAUUGUGAUUUCUGAUUUAUUAGAGAUGCCCUCCUCGUGUGUGUGUGUUACACACGCACGCACGGCUCUGGCCCGCGUCCCUCCCUCAUUUCCAGCUCCUGGGCGAAUCGAAUCCCACAGCUGUUUCAACUCUCAGCCGAGGGCGAGCGGGCGCGAGUGUGUGUCGGGUCCUUGAGUAGAGAGUGAAGGGGGAAAGCAAACAAGUCCACAAACGCAACUCCAGACUCCUGCAUCCUGCGAGAAGCCCAGGAUCAGCGGAAACGGAACAUGGCCCCCCCUGGAGUCCUGCUUUGCCUGCUCUCUGCAACCGUCUUCUCUCUGCUGGAUGGAAGCACGGCGUUCCUGUCCCACCACCGCCUGAAAGGCAGGUUCCAGAGGGACCGCAGAAACAUCCGCCCCAACAUCAUCCUGGUGCUGACGGAUGACCAGGACGUGGAGCUCGGUUCCAUGCAAGUGAUGAACAAGACGCGGCGCAUCAUGGAGCAGGGCGGCGCGCACUUCAUCAACGCCUUCGUCACCACGCCCAUGUGCUGCCCCUCGCGCUCCUCCAUCCUCACCGGGAAGUACGUCCACAACCACAACACCUACACCAACAACGAGAAUUGCUCCUCGCCCUCUUGGCAGGCCCAGCACGAGAGCCGCACCUUUGCCGUGUAUCUCAACAGCACCGGCUACCGGACAGCUUUCUUCGGGAAGUACCUUAAUGAAUACAACGGCUCCUACGUGCCCCCGGGCUGGAAGGAGUGGGUCGGCCUCCUUAAAAACUCCCGCUUUUAUAACUACACGCUCUGCCGGAAUGGAGUGAAGGAGAAGCACGGCUUUGACUACUCCAAGGACUACCUGACGGACCUGAUCACCAAUGACAGCGUGAGCUUCUUCCGCACGUCCAAGAAGAUGUACCCACACAGGCCCGUCCUCAUGGUCAUCAGCCAUGCGGCCCCCCACGGCCCCGAGGACUCGGCCCCCCAGUACUCACGCCUCUUCCCCAACGCGUCCCAGCACAUCACCCCGAGCUACAACUACGCGCCCAACCCUGACAAGCACUGGAUCAUGCGCUACACGGGGCCCAUGAAGCCCAUCCACAUGGAAUUCACCAACAUGCUGCAGCGAAAGCGCCUGCAGACCCUCAUGUCCGUGGACGACUCGAUGGAGACGAUCUACAACAUGCUGGUGGAGACGGGCGAGCUGGAUAACACCUACAUCGUGUACACCGCCGACCACGGCUACCACAUCGGCCAGUUCGGCCUGGUGAAGGGCAAGUCCAUGCCCUACGAGUUUGACAUCCGGGUCCCGUUCUACGUGAGGGGCCCCAACGUGGAGGCCGGCUCGCUGAAUCCCCACAUCGUCCUCAACAUCGACCUGGCCCCCACCAUCCUGGACAUCGCAGGGCUGGACAUCCCCUCGGAUAUGGACGGGAAAUCCAUCCUCAAGCUGCUGGACACAGAGCGGCCGGCGAAUCGGUUCCACUUGAAGAAGAAGAUGAGGGUUUGGAGGGACUCCUUCCUGGUAGAGAGAGGCAAACUGCUCCAUAAGAGGGACAGUGACAAGGUGGAUGCCCAGGAGGAGAACUUCCUGCCCAAGUACCAGCGCGUGAAAGACCUGUGUCAGCGCGCCGAGUACCAGACGGCGUGUGAGCAGCUGGGCCAGAAGUGGCAGUGCGUGGAGGACGCCACAGGGAAGCUAAAGCUGCACAAGUGCAAGGGCCCCGCCCGGCCCGGGGGCAGCAAGGCCCUGUCCAACCUGGUGCCCAAGUACUACAUCCAGGGCAGCGCAGCCUGCAUCUGCGACAGCGGGGACGAGCAGCUCAGCCCGGCCGGACGUCGGAAGAAGUUCUUCAAGAAGAGGUACAAGGGCAGCUACGCCCGAAAUCGCUCCAUCCGCUCGGUGGCCAUCAAGGGGUACCACGGCCUGGAUGAUGCAUCCCAGCCCCGCAACCUCACCAAGCGGCACUGGCCGGGCGCCCCUGAGGACCCAGACGACAAGGACGGCGGGGACUUCAGUGGCACUGGAGGCCUCCCAGACUACUCAGCCCCCAACCCCAUUAAAGUCACACAUCGGUGCUACAUCCUGGAGAAUGACACAGUCCAGUGUGACCUGGACCUGUACAAGUCCCUGCAGGCCUGGAAGGACCACAAGCUGCACAUCGACCACGAGAUCGAGACCCUGCAGAACAAAAUUAAGAACCUGAGGGAAGUUCGAGGUCACCUGAAGAAAAAGCGGCCAGAAGAAUGCGACUGUCACAAAAUCAGUUACCACGCCCAGCACAAAGGCCGCCUCAAGCACAAAGGCUCCAGCCUGCAUCCUUUCAGGAAGGGUCUUCAGGAGAAGGACAAGGUGUGGCUGCUGCGGGAGCAGAAGCGCAAGAAGAAGCUCCGCAAGCUGCUGAAGCGCCUGCAGAACAACGACACGUGCAGCAUGCCCGGCCUCACGUGCUUCACUCACGACAACCAGCACUGGCAGACGGCACCCCUCUGGACGUUGGGGCCCUUCUGCGCCUGCACCAGUGCCAACAACAACACGUACUGGUGCCUGAGGACCAUCAACGAGACCCACAAUUUCCUCUUCUGUGAGUUUGCAACUGGCUUCCUAGAGUACUUUGAUCUCAACACCGACCCCUACCAGCUGAUGAAUGCAGUGAACACACUGGACAGGGACGUCCUCAAUCAGCUACAUGUGCAGCUCAUGGAGCUGAGGAGCUGCAAGGGUUACAAGCAGUGUAACCCCCGGACCCGAAACAUGGACCUGGGACUGAAGGAUGGAGGAAGCUAUGAGCACUACAGGCAGUUUCAGCGUCGAAAGUGGCCAGAAAUGAAGAGACCUUCUUCCAAAUCACUGGGACAGCUGUGGGAAGGCUGGGAAGGUUAAGAGGCACGAGGUGGGUCUCGAGAAAAACGGAGGCAUCGUCUGCCUGUACGGUGCAAAACCACGCGUGCGUUCAAGCGGACCGAUGCUGUUGGCCGGGAGGCCUGAGACACACGGCACGUGCUUUCAGUCAACACGGCGGACUCUGGGGAGAACCGUCGGGAGCAGCGAUACUUCUGGACAUCCCGUCUUGCCCCUGCUUUUGCUUUGGUAAUAUUAUACCUCACCAGCUACACAAAAUGCAAUUUCCUGUCAACACGUCACCACUACCCCUCUCUGAGAGGAUGACAAGGGAGGAAGAACAGAGACAUUUUCUUAGACAUCUCCCCCAAGGAUGAAAAUCACUGGAAUGUUUUUACAUGGCAAGGGAUGACCAACCCUGCUUCAAAUGCCCUCAUUCUUUCGGUUUGUCGCAGAGGAACUAAGGAGGACAGAGGCAACUCACAGAUGCUGGAAAUGGAGCACAGAGUUGGACAAGGAGUCAGGAGCACAAAAGAAGUGACAUACAUUUCUAUCCAGCGCUAUAACCCUGGUUGCCUCUGAAGAAACGGACUUCGCUGUAUAUAUGUGACUAUUUACACACAACCAGCUUGGUUGGGAACGCUGCGGGGAAGCCGUCUCAAAAGAAAACCCGGUUUUCGAGAGUGGUGAUGUCAGUAGCCGCCGUGGCCCGUGUAAAAGCAAACCCCUGCGGUUGCGGCCGUUCCUCUCCCUGACCAGACGCCAUUUCUCCCAGGAUUCCUUUGGGACCUGUCCCAGAACUGGUGUUUUUUUAAAGCCCUGCAAAGACGUGAAGUUGAUGUAUGUUCCGUUUUAACAAAAUUGUAUUUGUAAAAAAAUUUUUGUAGUCUAAGUAUUGUCACACAAUGUUGAAAACCCCAGCCAACGACCAGCACUUGGUAUGAGGUAACCUCUGACAUUUUGUAAAAGGCCAUUCUUGGGAGUUGUUUUGGUGUGUUUUUCUUGUUUUACUGUUGCUGUUAAAAAGCAUUCACAAUCCUACUAGUCAGCACCUUUCUGAAAGGAGUCACCUUGGGUCUAAGACGGUUUUUCUAAAAGAGAAUAAAUACAUGGUGAUAAAUUGA